AUGAUACGGCCAGUACGCAAAAAAUGGUCUGGUAUAUUGCGUUCAUUUGUGAAUAGAGUCACAACGAACAGAAAUAUCACACUAGAUGCUAGUCUACGAGCCACACUUAGUCAAGCACCAAAGGCAAACGUCAUAGUGAUAGGUGGUGGACAUGCUGGUUGCGAAGCUGCCACGGGAUCUGCGAGGAGUGGUAGCAAUACAGUACUGGUGACUCCAUUUCUGGACAAGAUCGGGACUUGUUCUUGUAACCCAUCGAUGGGUGGCGUGGGCAAGGGCACAUUAUUAAGAGAAGUAGAUGCUCUGGACGGUGUUGCUGCCCGGAUCACUGACUUGGCCGGUAUCCAAUUCAAGAUCUUGAAUAGAAGUAAAGGGGCUGCAGUUUGGGGACCAAGAGUACAGAUCGAUCGAGAUAUAUAUUUGAGAAAGAUGCAAGAAGAAUUACGAUCAUACGCAAAUUUGAAAUUACAUCAAGGGAAAGUGACAGAUUUAAUUAUUGAUGAUGGACAAGAGGGAAAUACCGAAUUUGGUAAAGUGUGUGGUGUGAUUCUUGAGGAUGGUUCCAUCAUGGGAGCCACCAAGAUAGUCAUUACCACAGGUACAUUCUUAAAUGCCGAAAUUCAUGUUGGGCUUCGAACCUAUCCUGCUGGUCGAAUUGGAGAAUUGCCUACGUAUGGUAUCAGCACUACCUUGUCACAGGCUGGAUUUAAACUGGGACGCUUGAAAACGGGGACUCCAGCAAGGUUAGAUGGUACAACAAUUGAUUUUACCCAUUUAGAAAAACAAUAUGGUGACGAUCCACCUAUCCCGAUGAGUUUUAUGAAUGAAACAGUUCCAAUUAAAAAACAAGUUUUAUGUUAUGGAACAAGGACAACUUCAGAAUUGCAUGAAUAUUUGAAAGCCAAUCUGCAUAGGAGUAUCCAUAUAAGAGAGACUGUGAAGGGGCCUCGUUACUGUCCCUCCAUUGAGGCGAAAAUAGUUCGGUUUACAGACAAGGACUCCCAUCGAAUAUGGUUAGAACCAGAAGGACUGAAUACAGAUGUCAUAUACCCGAAUGGUGUUUCAAACUCAAUGCCUGAAGAUGUUCAAUUGAAAAUGAUGAGAAUGAUACCUGGUUUAGAGAAAGUAAAGAUAUUGCAGCAUGCCUACGGUGUAGAAUAUGAUUAUGUAGAUCCUACUCAAUUAAGAAACACUUUAGAGACUAGAUCGAUUUCUGGGUUGUAUCUAGCAGGCCAGAUUAAUGGGACCACAGGAUACGAAGAAGCUUGUGCCCAGGGUGUCAUUGCAGGAAUCAACGCAGGGCUCUCUUCCCAAGAUAAAGAGGAAUUAGUCCUUGAUCGAUCAAAUUCGUAUAUUGGUGUUCUCAUUGAUGAUUUGAUCACCAAGGGGGUAGAGGAACCAUACAGAAUGUUCACUUCAAGAUCAGAGUUUAGAUUAAGUGUUCGUGCUGAUAACGCCGAUUCCAGGUUAACCCCACUGGGGUACCAAUAUGGUGUUAUUGGGGAAACACGUUGGAAAAAGUAUCAAAAAGAUGCACAGAUUUAUGAAGAGGUAACUAACAAAUUGAAGAAUUUCCAAUUAAGUGCUGAAAAAUGGCAAGAAGCCUUGGGAAUCCCCAUAUCACAAGCCUCACAACGAAAGUCUGCCUGGGAGAUAUUUAGAAAGAAUGGGAUGACACUGGAAAGGAUUGUGGAAGCGGCUCCUGAAGUGAACAUCUCCUUGAGAGGAAUUCCCCAGCAGGUUAAAUUACAAAUUGAGGUACAAGCCAAAUACGAGCCAUAUUUGAAAAAACAGAAGCAGUACAUCAGGGCAUUCCAGGCAGAUGAAAACAUACUACUGCCUCAACAGAUAGAUUAUGACAAAGUGGCCAGUCUCUCCUCUGAAUGCAAAAUGCAUCUUAAUCGGAUCCAGCCUGCAACUAUCGGACAAGCCAGACGAGUGCAAGGAGUCACCGCAGCAGCGCUGUUUGAACUAUACAAGCUGGCUAAAUUGCAUACUUCUGCCCACCCACACUAG